AUGACGGCCACGCCAACGACGAGCGACCCGGUUCAAGGGGGCAAGCCCCCGGUGGCAGCAGCAGCAGCAGCCCCGCCGCCGGCUAACGGCACGGACGCAGAGCGCGGCCGGGAGGAUGCCCCGGUCCAGCCGGCGUACUGCGCCUUGACGCCGGCCCGGCGCCGCUUCGUUCUCGGCGUCGUCACAGUGGCGGGCCUGUUCGGCCCGUUGGCCGGCGCAAUCUACUUGCCGUCCCUGCCUGUGCUGGAGAGGGAGUUUGGAGUCGGAGCCACGGCUCUGAACGCGACCGUGUCCGUAUUCAUGGUGACGUUUGCGUUUGCCCCUCUGUUCUGGGCCAGCUUCGCAGACUUCGGGGGCCGGCGCCCACUCUACAUCACCUCGCUGUCCAUCUACAUUAUUGCCAAUGUCCUUCUCGCGACUCUGCCCAAAAACUUUGGAGCACUGGUGUUUCUGCGUAUCGUCCAGGCGUUUGGGUCGGCCGCCGUUGUCUCCAUGGGCGCCGGCACAGUCGCAGAUGUCACGGAGCCCAAGCGCCGUGCCACGGCCAUGUCCAUCUUCCUCCUCGGGCCCCAGUGUGGCCCCAUCAUAGGUCCUGCCUUGGGGGCGGCGUUUACGGGAGAGAUAUCCUGGAGGUGGAUUUUUGGUUUUCUAGCGAUUUCGGGCUUCGUCUUAUGGCUCGUCAUCAUCUUCAUGCUGCCUGAGACGCUCCGUUACCGGGUUGGCAAUGGUCGGAUCCAUGGCAAGGGCUCCUGGCUUCUGUUUCCUCCCACGCUCUCUUCGCCUCUUGCCCCUGAGUCAGAACGGGGUCCGAAGCCCCCCAAGCCAAGUUUGAUGGGCUACUGGAAGCUCUUCUCCUACCCCCCGAUCGGCAUCGUGUCAGUCAACACGGCGAUUCUCUACUCAACCUACUUUGCCAUCGCCGUGCAGCUACCCUAUGCGCUCGAGGACGUCUACCACUGGUCGACGACGGCGGUUGGCGGUGGCUAUCUUGCUGUUGGAAUUGCCCUCGUCAUUGGCUCCGUCAUUGGCGGGCGUGCCAACGACUGGCGCCGCGCCAGGCUUGUCAAAGCGCGAGGCGACGAGAAAGUCGAGCCUGAAACCAGACUGAUUGAUCAGAUCUGGGGCGUGAUUCUGUGUGCUGCUGGGACAAUCAUGUAUGGGUGGUUUGUCGACCGCGCCAUACACCCAGCAGCAGUUCUCGUUGCCACCUUCCUGACUGGCUUCGGCAUGAGCUGGGUCUUCAUCGCGACGACAGCCUUCUUGUCCGAGUGCGCACCGCGGCAGGCAGCAGGCGCGUUUGCGCUCGGCAACAUGCUCCGCAACCCAGGAGCGGCCAUUGCGGCCGUCAUUCUGCCACCCCUUGUUUCUAGAAUGGGAGUCGGCUGGUUCUUUACGGGCUUGGGUCUGUUGGACUUGGUUGUGGUUGGCGGUGCAGUAAUAGUAUUGCGUGUUUACGGCCCCGUUUGGAGAGCCAAGAGCUUAGCGAAGACGAUGGAAAAGGGGGGUUGA